CUACAAAACAAACGAAUCAAUGGAUCUGGAAAACUAGUUUUCGACGAUGAAGGAAAUCUACUCAGUGUACCUAAAUUAUAUCCAGUCAAUAAGAGGCAAGAUGAAUCAUUCACGACUGAUUCACAUUCAAAUGUAAGUGAAAAUAAUAUUUUGGGAAAUAAAAUUCCAAUUCAAUGGCGUUUUGUAUCCGAGUCAUACUGUAACAGUGCAAAUAACAAUCAGUUUGGCAUAAAAAUGAAUAGUAAAUUAAGAACAGUCAGAUCGUCCAUAUCGAAU